CUAAAUGUUAAAGCAGCAUUUUUGCACGUACCUCUCAAUACUACUCUGCGUUGUAAUUUCGCCAAAUAAUUUUAAUGGCAGUUCAGUUUUCAAGUUAUUUAUAAGCAGUUUAGGGGUGCACCGGUAAUCUUAAAAAUGUCGGUGAAAAGACAGGCAACGACGCAAUUAAAUCAUGAAAAUUGGGACCAGGACGACCCAGUAGACGAAGAGGAAACAGGUGGUUUUAAAAUGGCUUCGAAAGAAGUUCUGGAGAAACGGGUUAUACGAACCGCUAAAAGACGAUCACAAGUUACUACCGACGAGACAAAAAGAAGUGUUUUUAGUGGCUUUGGUGGUAUUAAUAAGACUCAACCAUCGUCCUUUGAUUUUCUUGCCAAAUUAACUAAUAGCAGCAAUGCUAAUAACAUACUUACUUCUAAAAGUGAGACCUCGGCAGAAACAAACUUUACUAAACCUGCAAUAAGUUCUCCGAGCAGUAGAAUUGACAGUAUAUCUGGAACAUCAACACCCUUAGCAAAGUCAACAUUUGGUAAAUCAACAGGGGAAUCCUCUAUAUUUGGAGGCAGUGCAGUGCAAGGCACAACUAGUUCAGUAUUUUCACAGUCAGUUUUUACCGCUUCCAAGUCAACCAAUGAAAGUCCGUUUAAAAUUCAAUCAACUACAAGUCCAGUCUUUAAUACUGAUACAGCAUCAAAAUCAAAUACCAGUAAUGAUAACCCAGCUACUCCUAUAUCUUCAAACGUUUUUGGAGCAUCAUCUGCAACUGCAAAGAGUGAAAAAUCUUUGUUUUCUACUACAAGUAAUAAUGCCUCAUCUGAAAAACCACAGAUUGUUUCAUCUUCCCAGGCCAGUGAUAAAUCAACUGAUAAAACUGAUACUCAGGAUGAUAAAAAGUUAGUAUACUACAACAAAUUGAAAGGCCUAAAUGAAAGUGUGUCAGCCUGGAUAAAGAAACAUGUUGAAGAGACACCUUUGUGCAUUUUAACACCUAUAUUUAGGGAUUACGAGAAAUAUCUUAAGGAAAUUCAAGAUGAAUAUGAAAAAAGUAAAGAAAAAACUAAAACUGAAUCCACUUUUGAUAAUAAACAAAGUACUGCAGGUGCCACUUCUUCACCAUGGUCUACUAACAUAAGUUCCUCAACAUUUCAAACAUCGACAAAUAUGUUUACAAAUAAUAAAAACAAUGCAACUUCACCAGAAAAAAAUCCAGAUUUAUCAAAGGGUUUGGGCUCUACUAGUGCAUCAACAAAUAAUUUUUCAACUACAAGUCCACCAAGCAGUGGGUUUUCAUUUGGUAUAAAACCAUCAACUACAAAUAACUCCCCCUUUGCCAGUAGUAAUACUGCAACAACAAAUGGUAAUAGUAGUGCACCUUUCUCAUUUGGUAUUGGAAAGCCAUUCAGUUUUAACUCAAAUGUUCAGAAAAAUGAGGAACCACCAAAAGAAGGGCAAGAAAAUGAGGAUGAACCACCAAAAGUUGAAUAUACACCAAUUGUAGAGGAAAAUAGUGUGUAUGACAAAAAAUGUAAAAUAUUUGUAAAGAAAGAUGGCAAUUUUAUUGAUAAAGGUGUUGGUACACUCUACAUAAAAAAAAUAGAAGAGAGUGGGAAACAUCAACUACUAGUUCGAGCAAAUACUGCUUUAGGAAAUGUAUUAUUAAAUUUGAUAUUGGGUUCAUCAAUACCCACUCAACGUAUGGGUAAAAACAAUGUAAUGAUGGUUUGUAUCCCUACUCCAGAUUCAAAACCCCCACCAACAUCCAUUCUUAUACGAGUCAAAACAUCAGAAGAAGCAGAUGAGUUACUGGAAACGUUAAACAAAUAUAAGGCUUAAAUAGUUUUAAAAGUGUAAAUGUCUGAUUAUAAAAAGUUACAUUAGAAACAUUUAUUAUUUGUAUUUGAUUUUAAAAUGCAAUUUUGCGUGUAAAUAUUUAGUAAUACAAUGUUUAAAUUUACAUUCCUGUGAAAUCAUAUUUUUUAAAGGAUGCACUUCAUUUUGAUUAUUAUCAUACUGUUUUACUUUACAUAUUUGCCCAAAUGCAAGUAAUUUAAUAUUUUUUUUUAAACAUAUUUUCACAUUUUACUAGUGAAAGCUAUGUUAAUAACAUGAUAUCUGAAAAUAAAUAGUAAAACAUC